AUGGCUAUGAAAAAUGACUCUUCAGUAACUGAGUUCAUCCUAGUAGGAUUUACAGACCAUGCGCAACUCCAGUUUCCCCUCUUCUUCCUCUUCUUAUUGAAUUAUACAGUCACAGUGGUGGGGAAUUUGAUCCUAAUUAACCUAAUAUGCCUGAACUCUCACCUUCACACUCCAAUGUAUUUUUUCAUCUUCAACCUGUCCUUCAUAGAUCUCUGCCACUCCUUGGUCAUCACCCCUAAACUGCUGAUGAGCUUUGUGUCAGAGAAGAACAUCAUCUCCUUUGCAGGUUGUAUGACUCAGCUGUUUUUUUUCUGUUUCUUUGUCCAUUCUGAGUGCUACGUGUUGACAGCCAUGGCCUAUGAUCGCUAUGUGGCCAUCUGUAAGCCCCUGCGGUACACGGUCACUGUGUCCCCUCAGGUCUGUUCUCUGCUCAUGUCUGGUUCGUAUGUGAUGGGGUUUGCUGGUGCCGUGGUCCACACAGGGGACAUGAUCAGAUUGUUCUUCUGUGAUUCCAACAUCAUCAGCCAUUACAUGUGUGACAUCUUCCCCCUCCUGCAGCUGUCCUGCAGCAGCACCUAUGCCAGUGAGCUGGUAGAAUCCAUUAUUGUGAGCACAGUUGUCAUAAUAUGUAGCUUCAUUAUUUUUGUUUCUUAUGUUUUCAUCCUCUCCAAUAUCCUCCACAUGUCAUCAGCUCAGGGUUGGUCCAAAGCCUUCAGUACGUGUGGCUCCCACAUAAUAACUGUGGCCCUCUUCUAUGGUUCUGGGUUAUUCACUCACCUCAGGACCUCUUCUGAUGGUUCCGUGGGCCACGGGAAGUUCUUCUCAGUGUUUUAUACCAAUAUAGUACCCAUGUUGAACCCCUUCAUCUACAGUCUAAGGAACAAGGAUGUCAAACUUGCUCUGAAGAAAACCCUGAAGAGAAUUAUAAACUAAGCAGGAUUGUUGGGGGGUGUGUGUUGUGUCUGUAUGUUUGUGUAUGUGUGAGUGUAUUUUCCUGAAAUUUUCUUCAGAAUAAAGUUUUUGCUUUAGGUGCUUUUUUCUCUCGAAGCAUGCCACUUAAACAUGCGAAAGUUAUUGAAUCUCAUGGUUCUUCUUGGUUCCAUGCUUACUCACUGAACUGAACUUUAUUCUUAACAGCAGCAUUCUCAACUGAACUUUGUUCUUAACAGAACUUUAUUCCUACUCCUUUUAACACCA